AACACACCGAUGACUAAUAAAAUGCAGUGUUUUGUAGUAAACAAGCUGAAACAAACCAUUUCACAACAGCUGAGCUGGCAGUGAAGUGUUGGAGCUUUUCGCUCCAAAUGAGUCUCCCAAAAAAACAAAAAGAGAGAACAGCUCUCCAAGCAUACGAAUAUCGAGAUGGCAAACAGUCGCCUCUUGGCUGUAAAACUGCCAGCCACAUUUUGUCGCGCGCUCGCUCAAAAAUUAACGCAGAAUUUUCGCAAAAUGUCCACCGGUCGCAUGUCCGAUGAGCAAUUCGAAAAGCUACUCGCCACAAUUCGUGCGCUGGGUCCACAACAUAACGAGCAGCAGCAACAAGCAAACAAAUCAAAAGGCAGUUUUGGCAAUUGUAAUGUACGUUUCCAUGGCCAACGCGACAAUGACGCCGUCGAGGAGUUCAUCAAUGCCGUGGAGACCUACAAAGAUAUGGAAGGCAUUAGCGAUCAAGAUGCAUUGAAAGGUUUGCCACUUCUCUUCCAAGGUAUUGCUUCUACUUGGUGGAAAGGUGUACGUCGUGACGCCAAGUCAUGGCAAGAUGCAUUGACGCUGCUGCGAGAUCAUUUUUCACCAACAAAACCACCUUAUCAACUUUAUGUGGAGAUUUUCGCAUCAAAGCAAACAGAUCACACGCCGAUUGAUACGUUCGUGUGUCAGAAGCGUGCGCUGAUAGCAAAAUUACCCGAAGGACGACAUGAUGUGGAAACAGAGCUGGAUUUUGUUUAUGGCCUGUUGGAUUCGAAAUAUCAGCAGCAAAUACCGCGACAUGAAGUCAAAACUUAUCGGGAACUGUUGGAGAAGGGACGCAAUGUGGAGCGACACAACAGAAGGCAGUGGUGAGCGGCAAGCGGCGGAGUGAUUAGAAUAGUACCUACUCAUAAUUAAUGUGUUCCCCAUAAGAUUUUAAGUGCAUACGAAAUACAUAAAUAUGUUUGUACAUACUUAUAUACAUAUGUAUUUAUAUAUUUAAGUGUAUUUAUAAGUUUUCAUUGUAAGUUGAACAACACUUUUAAUAAAAUAAUACUUUAAGUAUACUAUAUAUAACGCAUAUAUAUGUAUGUACUUAAAUUAACAAAUUC